GCCCACUCGGGGGGCUGCCAUGUGGACUGUCCCUCCCCAAUCUGCCCCACCACCGGAGGAACAGCUUCCUUCACCGAGAAGGGCUCCAAGGACUGCGCUUUCCUGAAUCUAUCGAGCCCUGCUCUUCCGUACAUGAUUCAAUUCGAUCCGAUUCGCAGUUGUUGUUGCAUAUGCAGCAUCGCUCAAAUCCCCUAAUCUAAAGGGGAUCCAAUUUCAGAAUCAACUCAGAGUGGCCGCGAAAGGGUUUAGCCUCUCUCCCUUUGGCUUUCCGUAAUUACUUGUUUCUCCCUCUCUUUUACUUCAAUUGUCCAUCGUAUCCUCCUCCGAAAAGACGCCAUUGCCCCUGAUUUGAUCAGCUUGAUACACUGCAAACGAGAGUGAGUCGUGUGUCCUGGGUAUAGCAGCGAGAGAGUGAGAGAGCAAAGAAGAGCAAGCGCCGUGAACUUGAGGGAGUAGCUAGCCAUGUCGGACAAAGGUGGAAAGGGGUUCACUGCUGUACCUAAGGGAAAGGGAAAAGGAGGCAAAUCUUCACUCAAGGAAGCUACUCCCAAAGGCAAGGACGAUGGCCCAGCAAAGUCCAAGAAGACCAGAAAUGUUCAGUUUUCUUCUCAAGCUGCUGCUUCCACCAAAGCCAAUUCAGGAAAGGGGGGACAAGCCGAUGGUGGAGCAAAGAAAGAUAAAGAACCACUGCAGCUCAAACUUGAGAAUGAAUUGCCAAAGGGUGCCAAAUGUCUGAUGGAUUGUGAGGCUGCGGAUAUCUUGCAAGGAGUUCAGGACCAUAUGGUCAUAUUGUCCAAAGAUCCAUCAAUUAAACUCCCUGUAUCCUUCGAUAGGGCACUGCAGUACACAGAAAAAAGCACCAACUAUACAGAUCCUGAGUCUGUCAGACAAGUUCUUCAGAAUCUCAAAACAUAUGGUGUCACAGAUGGCGAGAUUUGUGUGAUGGCUAAUGUGUAUCCAGAAACUGCUGAUGAAGUUUUUGCUCUACUCCCGUCCUUGAAGGCUAGGAGAAUCAUGCUCGACGACCCAGUCAAUGAUGUUUUGAGCGUCUAGAUGCAGUUGGAGCACUGAUAUGAGGGAUCCUGCUUUGUGGAUUUUCAGGGUAGAGGCAGCAUGUGACCUACUUAUGCUUUUGUUAUGUUUUUAGUGGUCCUUCAAACUAUAUGACCUAAGAAUUGGCGACUUUUAUGAUUGUAAAUAAGAUUGUAAUUCGACUGGUUUGCUUUUCGCCUUUUAUUAGUGCUGUGGAUAGAAAAAAUGCAGUUACGCGG